CUGUGGGGAGAAAGGGACUCUAUAUCCCUUUCUCCCCACGGGAUCCGUCUUAGUCAUUGGCAAGAAGAGAAAGAUGUAUGACUGGGCCUUGUAUGUCAGUAACUGAGUAUGUCUGCAUGUGUGGGAGUUUGAGCAGGUUAGAAGAAAUGCAACAGCUACUCGCUGUUACUUAGUGAGGGUUUAAGGUUGUGUUAGUUGUACGGCCAGAGACCAGUUAAAGCAAAGCUCGGGAAAAUGAAUGCAUUUGGUAUCCUUGGAUUGUGGCUUGUGGAAUUGUUGUGUUUUUCGGGACCUGCUUCAGCUCAACUUCCGUCCAGCAGCACUCUGACGUCGACACUAAUCUCCUCUAGCCAGAAGCCCCUGUAUCUGCUCUCGUUUUCACAUCAACUGUACACGUCCAGAGCCACUAAUCUAUCUGUCACCAUCCUCACCGAGUCCACUGUCGACGUGUUGGCCCGUCUAACACAGGGAAAAGCUUACCUGUCCAGUGCAUCCGUCACCAUCCCUGGAGGUUUGACUAGAAUUAUUACCCUUCCUCCACUGGAGGGAGACUCCCUCAGCCCCAGCGGCCAGGUGAGGCUGACGCUCAGCGGCUAUCAGGAAGAGCAGCUGAUCUUCUCCAACUCCACCUGGCUGACCUUCAGCCGCAGGAACUUCUCCAGCUCCGUCCAGACGGACAGAGCAUUCUACGGCCCCGGGCAGAAGGUGCUGCUCUGGAUCGCGGCCCUGCAACUGGACAACCGGCCCUACAGAGGAGCCAUGGAGAUCAGCGUCUUGGAUCCCGGAGGGAACAUCAACCAAAGGUGGUACUCCCAGGGAAGUUAUCUGGGAAUUGUCUCCCAGGAAUUCUAUCUGUCUCCGAGCCCAGCCAUCGGACAGUGGGCCGUCGUGACCACAAUAAAUGGCCUUACCGACGAGAAGGUAUUCAUGGUGGAAAACCCGGUUGCAGACCCCUCGAUGUUUAACCUGCAGCUUGAGACGGCACCAGAGAUUCUGGCGGGAGAGGACAUCUCAGGCACAGUGAGAACUAAGUGCUAUAAAGGGUUCUUUGUAGCAGAGCAGUUCUUCUUCAGCAAAGUUGCGCUUGCCAGCCUUUAUGAGCCCGGUGACGAAGACAUCACACUGAACAUUACUGCCUCUGUCACUGAAAGCUCUACAGGAUUCACAGAGAAAAGAGUGGUUGCAGUGCGGGCUACGUUCAUGUCCAGCAAGAAGAUUUUGAACCUCUUCUCAAAGUUCCCCUCUGCAACUGGCUCAUAUGUUCAGAUCGAACCUUCCAGCUUUCUGCCUGCACAGGUCAGUGCCAGAGGUCAGGUGUUCACUGCGGGGACACAGGUGGCCUCUUCUUCUCUUUGGCUCACCCCCAUGGUGUCCUGGUUCCCAGAGGUCUGUCUGACCGUCUACUGUGUCCUCCCAGACGGGGAGGUGAUCAGCGACACGCUGCUCGUACCCAUCCAGCAGCCCAACCACGUGUCUCUAAAGUGGAACGAGGACCUCACAGGGCACAACCGAUCGGUUUCCUUCACUGUGACCGUACAGGACCCCAGGUCCCAGGUGCUCAUCCUGGUCACCACGGGAACCCCGGAAGCCCACCUCCCCCUGGAGGACUGGCUGACCAACAGGGACACGGAGUGCAACACUGUGGUGUUGAGCGAUGGCCAACUACUUGGAUCCGGGGCCGCAGGGCAGGUUGAAACGGAAGCAGGGCCCGGGUCAUUCCAGAGAGGAGAGCAGUGGAGCAACUGGACUGAUCAGGGAACUCCAGUGACCAGGAUGUAUGUGAGCAAUAACCUUAGUGAUACGACAUGGGUCAGUCCAUCCUUUACCAUACCCGACACCAUCUACUCCUGGAGAGUGGAAGCACUGGUGAUGUCCGACGAGCUGGGCUUGGGUUUCUCCGGGUCUGUCACCACCACCCCACUGAGAGAGUCAUUGAAGAAGUUAUUUUACAUGGAACUCCCAGAAAGGGUCAUCAGAGGAGAGGAGGUUGUGCUUGAGCUACUGUUCUACAACAUCCUGAUGUGGGACUUGGAGGUCAUACUGCUGGUGGAGCAAAACGAGGCCUUUGAGUUUGUUCUCGCCGUGGACGGGGACCUCGCUGUAGUGAAUGCAAGGAAAGUGACGGUGGGGCCCCAGAGCACUGUCAAGGCGUUCUUCCCCAUAAGGCCCUUGGCUCUGGGCGAGAUGGAAAUAUCGGCCGGCAUGUUUUCGGCGGAGGAUUCGCGGAGAUGGGUCCAGACCGUGCUCGUGAAGCCGGAGGGCGUCGCACGCUCCUACUCCCAGACACUCUUACUGGAGCUGGCACCCAACACGGACAGCAAUUCAUGGACCACCUCCUUCUCUUUCCCCCCAAAUGUGGUGCCGGGGAGCCAGAGGGUCCAUGUGGCAGUGGUUGGUGACCUCCUGGGCCUGUCAAUGGGGGGUCUGGAGUCCCUGGUAAGCCUGCCCCGGGGCUGUGGGGAGCAGAAUUUUGUGUCCUUCGCAUCCAGUGUCACCGUCCUCGAGUACCUGGAAGUCCUGGAGAACGGCCCCAUCAAAGCUAGGGCGCUGGCUGUCCUGGAAGAAGGUUUCCGGAAGGAACGGUCCUACCAGCGAGACGAUGGCUCCUUCAGUGCCUUCGGGAUCAAAGACUCAUCUGGCAGCACAUGGCUGACAGCCAUCAUGCUGCGGACCUUCCUCCGGGCUCAGCCCUACAUGUCGGCGGAGCAGGGCGUGGAGCUGCAGGGCGUGGUGAGGGGGGCCGCCAGCUGGCUGCUCACCCACCAGGGGCCCGGGGGGGUCUUUGCGGAGGCCGGACACGCCAUCCACACGGAGAUGAGGCGUUGCCGGGACGACUGCCCCGCGACACUCACCGCCUUCGUGGUCAUGGCGCUGUUGGAGGACCCGGAGUUCGCGCGCUUGUACAAACCCAAUAUAACCCGGGCCCUAGAUUACCUGAAGAGAGUAGUGCUGACCACGACCGGAAACUACACCCUGUGUAUGAUGGCGUACGCCCUGGUCCUGGAGGACCGGCCUGCAGCCAGCCGUGUGCUGGCUGAGCUGAGACUGCGUGCCAACUACCUGGACGGCGACCGGUGGAGUUCGUCCGAGGCCCCGCGGGCGGAGGGGGCGUGGGGGGCCCGCUCUGCAGAGGUAGAGAUGGUCUCCUACGUGCUGCUGGCCCUCUCCCGCAACGGCAGGAUAGUGGAAGGCUUCCCUCUCAUGAGGUGGCUGAGCCAACAGAGGAACCCCCUGGGGGGCUACGGGAGCACUCAGGACACGGUGGUGGCCAUACAGGCGCUGGCGGCCAUCGCCGUCGUGGUCAAGGCUGAUGCCAUCAACCUGACCGUCCAGGUGUCCUCCUCGACCAUGAGGGGCGUGUCGCUCUUCAGAAUCACCUCCACCAACUUCCAGCUGUACCACAGCAAGGAGAUCCAUGCCGACCAGAAUGUAACCAUAGAUCUAGUCCUGGAAGGCAAAGGAUUUGUCCACUUUCAGAUGAACGUCUUCUACAACGUUGAGAGCGCAAGGGAUCCCACAGAGAAGCUCCAGGCUGGGACGGAGGCCUUCUCCCUGGACGUGGAGGUGCUGGAAGCGCUGGACGACCGGGGAGACCGACACCAUUCCAUGGUGGUGUCCAUAUGCACUCGUGUCCUCGGGACGGAUGGGAUAACUCAGACGGGCAUGGUCCUGGUAGACGUGGGUCUGCUCAGCGGGUUCCUCCCACUUGGAUUGGCUGCUGUUGACCCCAUCAGGAAGGUGGAGACCCCCCCUGGCAGGGCGGUCCUCUACCUUGACUCGCUCACCUUAGAUGAGGUGUGCAUCAACGUGACGCUCACAAGCAGAUGGAUGGUUGCCCGCGUGCAGGACGCCACGGUGCGCGUGUACGACUACUAUGAGCCCGGGCGAGGAGCCAUGAGGACGUAUAACUCUGAGCGCAUGAAGGUCAUGGACUCCUGCAACUUUUGCGGUAGGGACUGCAGUCGUUGUCGAUCUGGGAUCUCCCUCGUUUCCUCCACCAUCUCGUUGCAUUCUCCCUGCAGCCUGGGCUGUUUAUUUGCUCUCAUAACCUUGUUAUUUGUCUAGACUUGACUUGUAUGGGAUUAAUGUAAAUCUAUGUAUUUGCACUGGGGCAAUAUGUAAAACUGACACCAAAUUCUUUGCUAGAAAAUAUGUAUGUGUAUGAUUACGACUAUCCAUCCUAGUCCUUCUAUUUUUUUUUUUUGAUUGGUUGAGAAUGUUUUGUGAACAUUAACAGAAGAACUGUUUUCAGCAUAGUAAUAAAUCAACUUCUGCUUCAUAAGAUACACGGAAAAUAAACAAUAUACCAUGUUGCCAUAUACCUUGGCGGAACAAUUCAACUUUCUGAGAGUGUUUCAACCUAAGCAAGGUCUCUGGACAUAUUUCCAUCAUUGAUUAUUCCUUGUUGAGCAUAGUGUGAAAGGGUGUGAUGGGUAAGGGUACAACGUGUGAUUGGUAUUCACGCUUAAUCUGUACAUAAUAAAGGACAGAUUUAUUGAA